GCUCUUUGACCCAACGACAUGGUUAUUGCUAUGACACACAAGAAAAAAUCGUUAUUAAUUAAACUUCUGAGAAGAUAUAAAACAUAUCACAGCACAGGACCAUUUUUUGAAUUGACCGUGUUCCAGCGUCUUUCCUGGACGGAAUACACAAUUUAGUAUGAAGUGCGUUUCACACCCAGCCGGUGCGUUUCCCAGCCUACCCGAGUACUCCACAAGUGAGCUCGCGCUUAACGGCGAAGAUGUGUCCGUGCGCGUUAACUUGUGAAAUUAUGAAUUUGAGAAGAUGAGAACAAGAAUUGAGGAGUGACUGUAGCACCUGAGUGCUUUUAUUUCGACCGGACUUCUUGAACCCAAGGAAACAUGGGGUCAUCCCAAAAUGAAACGAUAAUUUGGACGGAAGAGCACAUGGACACGAAUGACACGAUCGACACUUUUGGUCCGGAGGUAGUGGUUGUGCCCGUCAUAUUUGGAUGUAUAUUUUUCUUGGGAAUCAUUGGGAACACUCUGGUGAUUGUUGUCAUUGGGAAAAUAAAGUCGAGGCGCUCGAGAAGUACCACUAACAUUUUCAUCCUCAAUCUCAGUAUAGCAGAUUUAUGUUUUCUCCUGUUUUGCGUCCCUUUUCAGGCCACCAUAUACUCGCUUCCCGAGUGGGUCUUCGGGGCGUUUCUGUGUAAAUUUGUGCACUAUUUUGUCAUGGUCAGCAUGUUGGUGAGCAUUUUCACGCUCGUGGCCAUGUCCGUGGACAGGUACAUUGCCGUUGUUCUCUCCAAAAAGUCUCCCUGUAUUCGUAACCGGAAGAAUGCGCUUAUAGGCGUCUGUGUCAUUUGGAUGCUUUCCUUCGCCUUUGCCGUCCCGGUUGCGCAGCACCAAAUUUUGACGAAUCACCUCAAGGCGCCCAACAGCUCGUUCUGUUGGGAGAUAUGGACCGAACGGGUGGCCAAGCACACAUAUAAAGUAACCAUUCUAGUGAUGGGUUAUCUGUUACCCCUGCUUCUGAUCACAUGCUGUUAUGCCAAGGUAUUGUAUCACCUUCAUAAAAAGAUGAAAAAUAUGUCCAAGAAGUCUGAACGUUCAAAGCGAAAGACAGCUCAGACAGUGUUGUUGGUUGUCGCUGCUUUCCUCAUCUGCUGGAUGCCACACCAUAUCAUAGCUAUGUGGGUACAGUUUGGCCAGUUCCCCUUGAAUGAUGCUUCGUUUGCCUUUCGCAUCAUCUCUCACUGCCUGGCUUAUGGAAACUCCUGUGUCAACCCCAUUCUUUAUGCCUUCCUCUCUGAAAACUUUAGAAAAGCCUGCAAGCAGGUCUUCACGUGCCAUAUUUUUUACUCUCCUCCGCCAGCUGGGAAAGUGGUGCGCAUUCGCAUGGAAAACUUCUCUAUGACACAUUCCACUACAAACAUAUGAGACUUAAAACUUGUUAGAGAUUAAAAAGGGCAAAAAAAAAUUGUUUCUGCUUCAGUUUUCUAACAGAGAUGUGACUUAACAAAGACAGAAUAAAUGAAGGGGAUUUGUAUUUAAGUUACCUUGAGAAAGAAAAAGCCCAUAUAAUGCCUCAAUUCAUCAUGUAUCAAAGGCAUUUGCAUGUAAAAACAAUUUAUUGUGAACUCUUUUAAAAGUGUUUAAAAUGUGUUUAAAAGUCAUUUAACUUAUUUUGUUAAUGCUAAAUAUGUUUAAUAUGUGUUUAGGAUAGUUCGCCCUAAAAUGAGUAUUUUCAACAUUUACUCGCUCUCAAGUUGUUUAGAAUGUGAAUUACUUUCAUUCUUACGUAGAACACAAAAAGUCUAAAUGUUAGAGACUGACCUUUCAUUGUAUAUUUUUCCACACAAUGAAAGUACAGGGUGACUAAGGCUAACAUUCUGCAUUUUUGUUUUACACAGCAAGAAUAAAGUCAUACAGCUUUAGAAAUAUGUGAGGGUAACUAAAUAAAGACACAUUUUCAUUUUGGGGUAAAUAAUGGCUUUAAUGUUUUUGAAAUGAAUUAAAACCUCUGUAAAAAUUCAGAGCUAUUUAAUCAUAGGAUAAUUUUGUAAAUAUGUUUGAUAGACUCACUCUUCAAGAACAUGAUGUGCAUGAACCAUAGUAGUGGUUUGAACAUCAUUUUAUGUAGUGUAUGUGUGGAAAUUUAUCAAACUUAGAUUUAAACUUCACUAUUCAAUUGUAUGAUGUAAUUAUGUACUUCAGUAAUAUUGGUUAACAUGUAUUAUGUCCAGUUUUA